CAUACCACGUGACUCACAUAAUGCGGAAGAAAUUGAGCAUGUUGAAGAAAAGCUGCAGAGACUCGUUUCAAAACAUUUCUGGUUGCAUAAAAAAAAUGUACUUGCUAGUUAAAAUGGUUGUGACAAGUCGAGCCUAGUAGUUCAGAAAAUAGUCAAACCAUGACUUAGGGAGGCACAUUGUUUACUAGCCAGGCCAGCUGUCGAUGAUGUUUUGCUGGCAAUGAAUAAUUAGCUAGCUAACGUUUAAAAUCACCCUUUGCCGCACCUGCUAGCUAAUUGGAAAGUUUCCCCAAGUGAAUGGGGAAAUGGACCCUACAACAUUUUCAGGUCCCCAUCUCCCUCUAUCCUCCCUGCGUCUCCUGGUGCCACCACUACGUCUGAUGUCUGCAUCCAUGUGGCAAGUGGCACAGCAGCGUAACGUGAUGCAGUAUGGGAAGCUGGAGGAGUUUGUGACUCUGGUGACAGAGAUGGUUCCGGAGCUCCUGACGCUCAAGCAGAGGGUCCAACUCAUCCUGGGACUGAGAGCGAGGGUGAGACAGCUGGUUCUUGAAUUGUGUCGUGGUGUGGAGUCUAACCCAGCUGGCUACAAAACCAUCCAGCCCCACCUGGACAGAAUCCAUUCAUGCACAACACAUAAAGGGAGCGAAGACAAGGAAGUGGAGGCCUCAAAGGAUAACUUUGUGGAGCUGGUCCAAACUCUGCUAGAAGACUCAAUGAAGAGGGAACAUUUUUUUCAGGAGGUGUUCCCUGUACAGUACAGCACUAGGUAUGACACAGCGCUACAGAUACUUGUGUGGCAGUUCUUUGACAGACUGGAGGAGAUGCUGCCAGUGCCCAGCUUUACACAGACAUCAUCCAUUCUCAACCUGACCCCUACUGACCUGGAAGAGUGUCAGCAGUCUUUCUCUGACCCUGAGCAUCUGAAAACACUGCUGCAGCAUCAUAGAAAUCUGGGGCACCUAAAAAAAGAUUUUUUGUUCUAUGACUCUGAUAACAUCCUGUCCACGUUGUCCUUCCUCGCUCCCUCACUGAAGUCUAAACAUACCAAAAGAGGCAUAGAAGAAGGCACGGUGAAGAACGAGAGCGAUGUGAGGAGAAAGGGAGAGAACGAAGAGGCUGAAGGACCGAAAGAACAGGAGAGUGGUGAGGAGGGACAGCAAGAAGUCAGUGGGGAGGACAAAUACGCCAAUGAGGGAAGUGAUGAGGGCGCUGAAAGACUGGAAGAGGCUGGGGAAUCCUCUGGGAAUUCUGGGCAGCAGAAACAACCAUCAUUAGUGGCCGUCAAUGGACAAGCUAAAGCCAAGCCCCCCCAGUCCCAGGGCUUUUCCUGCCCACAGUGCCAGUUCUCCAACAGGAGAUGGCUCACCCUUCAGAAGCACAUCAAGAAGAACCAUCCAAAGGAGGACCGUGGGAUCCUGGACUCUGGAGAAGCUGGAGCUGAGAACAACGUCCUGCCUGUCAGUGAGACAGAAAGCUCCUCGGCUAAGAAGACCAGGAAGAACAGGUACACCUGCUCCCAGUGUGGGAAAGGUUUCAGAAACCUCUGUGACCUGAGACGACAUGAAAGCGUUCACUCUGAAGCCAGGCCGUUCCAUUGUGACCAGUGUGAGAAGAGAUACAAAACGAAGGGAUGUCUAAAACAGCACCAGAAAGUUCACCAGGCAAAUCGCAUUGAAGAAAGGACAUAAGUUUGCUCACAUUGUGGCAGGGGCUUUAGGAAAACAGAAAUCUUAAAGUCACAUGAACGCACUCACACCGGGGAGCGACCUUAUGUCUGUUCUAUCUGUGGGAAGGGAUUUAUACAGUCCAAUGGCCUGACGCAACACCUCCAGAUGCACAGAGGGGAGAAACCGUACUUAUGUAGCGUUUGUGGAAUGACUUUAAGCACCUCAGGUCAGUUGAGGGUACACAUGAGAACACACACAGGUGAGCAACCCUACAGCUGUCAACUUUGUGGGAGGAGGUUCAAACAACCUGAAAGUCUCACAGUGCAUCUGCAGAGUCACACAGGCCAGCGGCCAUACCCCUGCACACUGUGUGACAAACGUUUUGCAUCCAGCAGCUGCGUUAAAAAACACAUGAGAACUCAUACAGGGGAGAAACCUUAUCAGUGUAUAAGGUGUGGUAAGAGAUUCACUGAAAGCGGCAACCUGAAAAUACAGCAGCGAGUUCAUCGAGAAAAAGUCUUAAGUUGUCCGAAAGUUCUUGAGGGACGUUGUGCUCUGUACAGCAGGGUUCCCCAACUGGCGACCCGCGGACUGAAUUUAGAUUUUCAUUGUUGGACAUAAGACUGUAAAAACACCAGGAAAUCAUCUAUUGGUUUUCAUUUCUGAAAUAUAUUCCCAAGUACUGCCACGCAUAAUAGACAGACAUAUUUGAUUGUAUAGAAAUAAUAAUAAUUGAUUGGAUUUAUAUAGCACUUUUCUGCUAACUGAGGUACUCAAAGUACUUUACAUAGUAGGCGGAAACUCACCUCAUCCACUAUCAAUGUGCAGCACCCACCUCAGUGAUGCACAGUGACCAUUUUUAUGCCAAAACUCUACCCCACACAUCAGCUAUCAGGUGGAGAGGUGAGUAGUGAUAUAUUCCAUUUAGGAAUGAGGGGGAUGAUUCAGUGGCCAUGAUGGAAUGUGGCCAGGUUGGGAAUUUAACCAUGACACUGUGGUCAACAUCCAUACUCUUACAAUAAGCACCAUGGGAUUCACCACGGAGAGUCACGACACCCAUUUUAACGUGCCAUCCAAAAGAAGGCACCCUUCACAGGACAAUGUUCCCAAAUGUAAUCAAGGUUUGACAUUUUUGUUUUAGUCAAAUAUCUGUUUAGGCGUCUUGCGGUCAUUUUGCAGUAUAAAACCAUUUUUUUUAUUAUGUUCCGGCCCACGACCAUCCGCUCCAGAAAGAAAUUGGCCCGCGGCUGAAUCUAAUUGAUGAUCCCUGCAUGACACAUUAUGAAGGCUGUCAUAAUUGUUGAGGAUUCCUGGAAAAGUUUUUGUAUAGAUUUUGUGUAUAUGACUAUUCCUCUUGUUAAUAAAGAAGACAUUAUGAGCAGCAA